CACCACCCAAACAUGAAUCAAUCGCUCUCCACCAAACUUGUUGCUCAUAGUCCUCGAACGCCAAAACCUGGACAGAAGGCGAAGAGUAGGAAAGGUAAACCGCCUGCGAUCAUUCACGACAACCUUGACGACCGUGAUCCUCUAGAUGAUCCUGCUGAUGAUAAGGGCUGGGGUCAUAUCAACAAUUGUUCGGAACGUGUGCCCUACCCUUUUGACCUCGAAUCAAUUCGCAGCAGUCCAGAUGAUAUCAGCACCACCGCGCCAGAUGCCGCUGGUAAUAUUGAUACUGACGCCGUGGUGCACCAACAAUCGCAACGCUUUCGUGACUAUGGAGCGAAUUCGAUAGAGAAAAUUGACUCAACAAAACCAGAAAUCUGUAAUCUAAACGAAGGCGUUGUUACAGACUCUAUAGAGCCUGACAACAACGAACAAGCGAUUAGUUGUACUGCUGGGGAGGCUGUGAUGUCACAUCAAGAUCCUCUCAGUGUAUCACAAAGCAUAUCAACAAAGGAUCAAGAAUGCAGCAACGUCAGUGGAUCAACACUGAAACGGAAGCACACAACAAUCACUCGUGAUAAUGAGAUCCCGCCAACUGAGCUAGUAGACCUUACAUCAGACGCAGAGCCGGCACAUACUCCACCAGUGUCAAAGAGACGAAAGACCCAUGCCUCACCAGCUACGGACGCCCGACAGACACCAAAUCAUUUAAGCUCACCUACGGAUGGCAGUUCCAACGACGGGCGGAAUGCGCGAUUGGCUGACAGAGAGGGUAGUCAGUUAACCUCGCAUAUCCACUCACAAGCCGGACAGCCAACUCUGAACAAGCCAUCCCCAGCACACAACCCAGAAGCUGAGUUGUGGCCUCAGACUGAUAUCAGGGACGGAAACUUGAUGUUUACACCCGAACCGCCAAGUACAUCAUCAUCCUGUCCACGGCAUCCAUCUAGAGACGAGGAGGCUCAUUUUCACUCGUCAAGGGCGAAUAUUCUAAGAGGAAGAUCGCGAGGCGCAAAGAAGCCCAAUAUUCCCGAGGAUGGAUCCAGCGCCACGCCAACUUGCGAGGUUAUUGCUUCCGGACAACUUUCAGUGCCACUGGAUGCGCCAGUUGUGUACUUUGUCAUUCCUUGUAGUAAGAUGACGAUGCCUCUCCAGCCGGCGAGUAUCACCCGAGAGAAAAAUUUCAAGGUCCUGCAAAUGACAAAGGUGUCGGAUUUUCACGUCGUACUAGGAUAUAAAAGCGAAAGUAGUUGAUCUGUUCCGACCAGAGGAUAUCUCUAAUGACAUCGGUUUCCGGAUUAUGAUCAACUGAACUCCACAGUGAGGACGAUGAAGUGAGAUCGCAGCAGCUAUGGAACUUACACUGGUGGCAGACACGACAUAAGGCGCGGUUCACGAAAAGAUUGAUAGCAGAACCGGACGAUGAGACAUUGCUAUACUCGGGAUAAACGGCGAGGGACGCUCAAUUAUGGCGAUGCAGGGCUUGCACGAGGAUACUUCUAAGAGCAAGAUACGG